AUACCUAAAGUAAAAUGGGUAGACCAAGUAGAACAACAGCCGGAGCAUACUAUGAGUUUACUUUUAGCGUGGCCUUUGCUAUGACACGAGUCUCAAAGCAGAGCUAAGCUACUAGCACAACUGAUGUUGCUAGCUAAGCUCAGCUAACGUUAGACUAAAGAUGCAGGCGACAGAAACGAGAUGUUGAACUGCUCGGUACUUCCGUUUUCACGUUGGCUGUCGGCCCGGCAGAAGUCCGCUUCUGGUUUGGCCAGUAGUCAACAAGAGUUUGGUCCAUUUUAUUUGUUUUAUUUUGAUAUUUGAUAAUCGCCGUAUUAAAUCUAUUUGCAGCAACAUCAGUGGCGUGUUUCCUUGAGGUUUAACGUGCCGUUCGCUGAACAAUUAACACCAUUAGCUAGCGUAGGGACAUCGUUUUGCAGUAGCUGACGUUAGCUGUGGUUAGUUCACGUUUACUGUUUAUGCAGCACGACACCGCGUGAUUCCCUCUCACGCCGCACAGCUCAUCCACUGCCCGAGCAAAGAUGAAGAGAGCCAGGGGCAGCAGUGACGAGGAGGGUCCCCGGCAGAACGGCCCUGCCGGCCGCAGGAGGGGAGACCAACAGCAAAGCAAUGGGGGCGACGACGACUCUGCCCUCGGCCCGGCUGACCUGCAAGACGACGACAAUGACCCGGGCCUCAGGAGAGAGAUACGGAGCAAGUACAGAGACCUCAUCAACUCGGUGCAACAGAACAGAGAAGACAUGCUGAGUCCUGCCAACAACAAACUCACAGAAGUUUUAGAACAGGCAAACAAGCUUUUUAAAGAUGUUCGGCAGGCGAGGGAAGCAGCUCUGGAUGCCCAGCUCCUUGUUGUGGCCACAGACCUGGGAAAGGAGAAAGCCAGCCAACUGUUUGCUGAGGGCACCGCUUUCGAUCCCGCCACUUUUGCUGAGCAUCUUUUGUCCUUCAUGGGUCUCAACCGACUAGAAGACGGGGAGGAAGAGCAGAAUGGAGGUGCGGUUGAUGGCUACCUGCCCCAGGACGCCUGGCACAGAGUGGCCAGGAGAGCAGAGUGCUGUUUCAGGACAGCACCCUCCUUCCAUUACAUGAUGGGCUCAUUCCAUGCGGAGCCGCCUCCUCCAAAGCAAAGGAUAGAACGGCAAAGGAAAGAAUCCAGCAAGGAAGCCAAAAGGAUAAUGCCCACUCAGCUGAAGAAAAUGGAACAGUCCCAUCAAGAAGCAACGGAGAAAGAGGUGGAAAGGAUCCUAGGAUACCUGAAGAGUUAUUACCAAGAUGAUCCAACAUCACCAAUAUCGUAUUACGAGUUUGUCAUCGACCCCAACUCGUUUUCCCGGACAGUAGAGAACAUUUUCCACACGUCUUUUCUAAUCAGGGAUGGUUUGGCACGGAUGUAUCUGGAUAAUGCCAAAUUGCCUUAUAUAGCCCCUGUAGAGGAGGGGGAGGUGGAAGCUGGAGGAUCAUACAGCCGGAAACAGUGCAUCAUCUCUAUCAGCCCAAAGAUGUGGAAGGAGCUCAUAGAUGCCUUCGACAUCAGAGACACAAUGAUUCAGCCUCCAAACACAGAGAAUGAGUGAGGGACGACGCCACUUUUCCUAAGCUGGAAUCAAAAUUGUUUUUAGGUGUGCUGCUUUUUCUUUUUUCUUUUUUUCUUUUUUUUUUGUGGAAAUUUCUAAAUAUAAAAGACAAAUAUUUAGAAAUUUGCAAAGGCAAAUUUUCAAUGUAGAUUAUACACUUUGUUU